AUGUACAAUAGUGGAGGUGAUAUCACCAAUAAUGGAAACGAGAGUGAAGCAAAAACACGGAAUGGCUCAAAUAGUAAUCCUCAACCUCAACAAAUAGUUUCAUCCGAAGGCACUGGUGCCAUUUUUGUCUGUUUUAAACAGUUUACAAAGAGACUCCCGGAUGAGCUCUCAUUAGUUCCUGGAGAUAAAAUAGAAGUUUUAGCAGAUGAUUCAGAGUAUAACGAUGGUUGGUACAUGGGUAAGAAUAUUAUUACCAAUGAGGUUGGUCUUUAUCCUAAAUCUUUUACUAAAAUAUUCCUGGUACCCUCAGCUCAAAGUGGACCCUUAUUAAGAUCUCGUUCCCGGAGAAUCUCUCAUAUUAAUAAUGCAAAUGCUUCUUCACUGGAUGUUUCCACUUAUAAUGAUUCAUCUCAUGCAAAUCCAAAUGCUUCAUCCAUCUCCUAUUCAUCCCAUAAUAUAACCGAUAUGCUUUCCGGUUUAAAAGUUUCUGGUAAUGCAGAUGCAACAACAAUUAGUGAGAAACCUGGAAACAUUGAUCCUUCAGGAACAGCAACCAAAACCAUGAAUGACAUUGAUAAAGCUUUGGAAGAACUUAAGAAUGAUGCAUUUUCUUCAACCAAUUCCGGAAGCAGAUCUUCAAGUCCCCCAGUGAAACAAGUCCCCCCUACUUCCCUGUCAACUGCAACAUCUUAUACCUCCAGUACUUCUCGCAAUAAUGGACAUAACAACGCCAUGCAAGACUCUUUGGUAAAUUCAGGUGUUGCUACAAAAGCUACUGAAAAAGCCUCCAACGUUAAGAACAUCAACAGUCAUAAAACCCCCCCCUUACCUGAUGAUUCAGAAGUAUACCUGACUCCUAAAACUUCAGAAAGAGAUGCGCAUGCUCGUGGACUGUCGUUAAGUGAAGACUUUGAUAUUGCAAAAGUCAAAUCUUGGACUCCUCAACAAGUGUCAUCAUACUUUGCUCUUGUUUUGGGCUUUGAUCUUGAUAUACUGGGCAAAUUUGCUCGUCAUAAAAUUACCGGUGAAAUACUUUUGGAGUUAGACUUAACCUUACUUAAGGAGUUAGAUAUCGAUUCAUUUGGUACAAGGUAUGAAAUUUAUAAGGAGAUUGAUAAGUUGAAGUCAAUGUCAACCUCUUCUACGAAAUCCUUAGAACCCCCUUCAAAAUCAACUUUUGCGAAGUUGUCUACCUCGGAAGAUGCUCCGAAACAUACCCGCACAUCCAGUAAAGGAGACAAACCUUUACCUCCGGUGAAGAAGAAAGAUCCAAGUCAGAAUCAGAAUCAGAACCAUGAGCGCAAGCGUUCAAAUCAUUCGACCUCUACACAAGGAUUUCCACGUCCUCCUUCCUUAAAUCACUCCAACCCCAACUCCAAUCAAAGCUCGAGUACUGAAAGUGUUGACAAAAAGGAAGACUGGAAAUAUUAUCACGAGACUUACACCAAAUCUGCCACUUCUACCCCUAUUAUCCAACAGCCUUCUAAAGCUGCUAGUGGGAAACACAGUGCUAAGGGUAGUAUUCAUCAACGUCAAAAGCUGAAGGAUUGGAAAGAUCAUGGAAGAAAUGUUUCACAGACAAGUGAAAAUGCCCAUUUGUCUCACAGAAAGUCCACAGAUUUGUCUUUUCUUUCACCUCGGAGGCCGCCAGAGCCUCCCGCUCCUGAAAUCCAAGGAUAUAAGUUUGGUGGUGAUCGAAGUAGUUCCAUUACUGGUACUACAGGCCUCGGGAUAACCAGACCGACUUCUUCCAUUUACGAUUCCUCCAACCCACACACAAGAAAUGCUUCGAAGGCAUCUGGAGAUUUUAAGAAUUAUUUCCAUUCUCCCAACACGCCCCAUAAAAGGCACUCUUCAAUAUUCCUGUUUUUCACAUCGAAUGAUGCAGAAGAUAAGGAUAAAGAAAGAGAUCUGAAAUCAAAGGAUUAUAAGGAAAAGGAUUUGAAACCAAAAGAGAAAGAGAAAGAAAAGGAACUUAUUAAGGACAAGGACAAUGAUGUACUCAGACUCAAGGAAAAGGAACGUCUUUUAGCUGCAAAGGAAGAAACUUCACCAAGCACCAUUAAAGAGCAUAAAACUCCUACUCAAGACCGUAGAACUUCAAGAUCCCAAUCUACUACUGAUCUAAGUAGUCCUGCUUUAACCAGUCCACUUAAAUUGAAGAAACUAUCUUUUGGUACCCCCAAGAAUAAGUCGACAAUAGAAUUGUAUCUGGUUAAUAAAACUGACGGGUCCCAAAAUAGUGAUAGCACUGAAAUUGUUGAUAUUGAUCAUGUCACUUUAUCUCCCAAGAAACAAAAAUCAUUAUCUGUUUCUUACAAAUCCAACAAUGAUCUUUUGGAAACUGAAGACCGAAGGACUGCAUCUGAUUCGAAUGCUUUAUCACGGCUUAAGACUUUAAGAACAGCAAGUGCACAGAACUUCCGUACUUUAACUGGCCUGAAAAAACUGAAGACCAGUGCCUUCACUGAAGGAAUAAGGGAAAUAUCACCAGAUGAAGCCAUCAAGACCUCAACAUACCUGGGUUGGGUUUCUAAAAAAUCGAGCAAUGGUCUUUCAUGGAAAUCAAGAUACUUUACUCUUCAUGGUACAAGAUUAUCUUAUUUCACGUCUUUAAAAGAUAAGCGUGAAAAGGGUCUCAUUGAUAUAACUGCUCAUAAGGUUAUUCCAAUUCUGACAGAAGCUGACACCACCAAUUCCAAUGAUCGUUAUGUUGCACUUUAUGCCUCUUCAACAGGAGCUGGGCGUUACUGUUUCAAGGUUGUCCCACCUGCUCCAGGGUUCAGGAAGGGAUUAACGUUUACUCAACCCAAAACUCAUUAUUUUGCAGUUGAGACAAUAAAUGACAUGCGUGGUUGGUUAAAGGCAUUGAUGGCUGCUACUAUUGAUAUUGAUGAUACUGUUCCCAUUGUAAGUUCAUGUUCCACACCAACAGUUAGUUUAACCAAGGCUCAAGAGCUAUUAGCAAAGGCUAGAGAAGAGUCACGUAUUAAGGAUGAAGAAUUGAGAUUGAAUGGGUUUAUCCGUGAUGUCAUUGGAGAAGCUGGUGGUGAUGAUAGUAUCGAUAUUAAUCACCAAGAUAUCAAACAAUUGAUACAAGCGGAAUCCACUGUUCUUGAUGAGUCCAGUUUCCAUCCAUCGCCAAAUGUUGAAUCCUUCAAUACCCUGAGUCAUUCACUGGCGUCGCAGCACAAGUUAAGUUUGAAUACUCAUGUAAGUUCUGUUGGAUCUUUGAAUGCAACCAGAACCACUCCAAUGACUCCUCAAGUAACAACACAGCUGCCUGGGUUUUCGUCUCCUUAUUUAUUGGCUAGUGGGUUACUAUCACCUCGAACUGUUUCGUCCAAUAGCCCCAAGUCUCCUGCCAACGAGGCGGAGAAUUCUUAUUUCUCCAAAGCAAUGAAUCAUUACCAUCAACAUAGUGGUGGUGACGCACCAUCAUCAGGAGUAGAAGCAGGAGCAGCAGGAGGAGAUACCAACUCGUCGGCUACAAGUUCGAACCGUACCACCAUGCACACCAUGAAUUCUAUGAAGAAAGAUAACGAAACUGUUACUACUCCAAAAUCAAUCUUCAGCAACAGCAAUGGGAGAGUCGUUAGUGGUGGGUCCAAGAUGAAGGAGCGAUUGUCCACCAUUGGAAAGUGA